GCUUAAGUUUUUAGUAGAAAACAGUAGUAAAUAAACGAUAGAUUUUUUCCUGAAAUAAACAAUGUAUCACAAUAUGUUAAUAUCGUCUUGAUAUCCACCCAACCUAUAUCCAUUCGUUUCGAUCCCAUCCUUUCUACAUUUCUCCAAAAUGUCUGCGGAAUCUGAUAUGGAAUACUCGGAUAACGAUGGGGACGACUACGAUUACUACGGAGGACAAGACGAUUGUGAUAUGGAAGCGGUGGACCGUAGUAAGGCUGAUCCCGAAUAUUUUUUAUUUUCCUGUCACAAGGUAGAAGAAGUAGAAAAAUUGUUAAACGAAUCGAUUGAAUUGCUCAGCAACAGCCUACAAAUAACACCUUCGCUGGCAAAGGUUAUGUUACAUGCAUAUGAAUGGAAUGCUCAAGAGAUUAUAGCUAAGUAUAAAAAUAAUGCUAAUGAAGUGCUAGUGUACAGCCGGGUGAAGCCUCGGGUCCCCUCUGUCCAAGCAGGCUCCAGCAGGAUGUCCUGUGCAGUCUGUGCCAACACCCCAGCCCUGACCAAGUACAGUGCUCUUGCUUGCGGACAUUACUUCUGCAAUGAAUGCUGGGCUAUGCACUUUGAAGUACAAAUUAUGCAAGGUGUGUCAAACACAAUUCAGUGCAUGGCCCAGGACUGUGAAGUGAGAGCUCCAGAGGACUUUGUGUUGUCGCAUGUGGCAAAACCGGCGCUACGAGAACGCUACCAGCAGUUUAUGUUCAAAGAUCAUGUUAAAUCACAUCCACAACUUAGAUUUUGCCCAGGUCCAAAUUGUCAGUGGAUAUUCCAAGCGUGGGUGCGGACGGGCGCGCGCCGGGUGGAGUGCUCGGGCUGCGAGCUGCUCACGUGCUUCUCGUGCGGCGCGCCGCACCACGCGCCCACCGACUGCGCCACCAUCCGCCGCUGGCUCACCAAGUGCGCGGACGACUCCGAGACGGCCAACUACAUCAGUGCGCACACUAAGGAUUGUCCUAAAUGCCAAAUAUGCAUAGAGAAAAAUGGAGGUUGCAAUCACAUGCAGUGCGGAGCUUGUAGACACGACUUUUGUUGGGUGUGCCUGGGUGACUGGAAAACGCACGGCUCUGAAUACUACGAGUGCAGUCGUUAUAAGGAAGACCCUAAUUUAACCAAUGACAAUCAACAUGCACAGGCACGCGAGGCUCUCAAAAAGUAUUUGCAUUAUUAUGAAAGAUGGGAAAAUCACGCACGAUCUCUGAAACUUGAGGAGCAGACUUUAGCAAGUCUCAAAAGCCGUAUUAAUCAAAAGGUGAUGGCUGGGGAGGGUACUUGGAUUGACUGGCAGUACCUGUGGGAUUCCGCGAGACUACUGAAGCGCUGCCGAUAUACCUUGCAGUAUACAUACCCUUAUGCUUAUUAUAUGGAAGUUGGACCUCGAAAAGAACUAUUUGAGUACCAGCAGGCCCAGUUGGAAGCAGAGAUUGAAAACUUAUCAUGGAAGGUAGAACGGGCAGAGACGACAGAUCGCGGCGAUUUAGAGAAUCAAAUGGACAUAGCAGAGAAAAGACGCACUACAUUACUCAAAGAUUUCCUAGAAUUUAAUACAAAUAGUGCUUCCAGCAGUAAAGCAUAAGUAAACCUCAAGUAUGAAGAAACGCAUUUUUUUAAAGUUAGUAGUUAACUAUGUAACAGCACUUUUGUAUAUUAAUUAUGAGAGCUAGAUUUUUUGUUCUGCCAAAGUAUAUUUAUAAACAAGAAUUUGCAAUAAUAUUUAAGUAAUAAUAAAAAAUGGCAACAUCU